AUGGAUAAAGAGAGUAAAGUUAUAAUAUUACCCAAUACCACUUCUGGUAGUGAAUUUAAAAUUAUUAAUUUACCAAAUCCAACCAAUUUGGUCAUAACAAAAUCAUACCUAGUGCACCAUGAUGAGGACAAGACUAGUCAAUUGUACGAAUUAAACAUUAUUGGUGGUGAAGAUGAUGAAACUGAUAAUGAUAAUGCUAGUGCAAAAUAUAGAGGUGCAAAAUUAAAAUCAAAAUCAGAAAAUUCGAUAAAAUCAUUAAUUUUUGAGCCAGGUUAUGUUUUACAAUCACCGAAAAUCAUCAUAUCCAACAAGUUCAAUCUUAGUUAUUUACUAAUUUCAUUAUUUCUGAAUCUAAAUCAACAACAGUCACCACAAUCAUCGUUACCAGAGAACCUAUUUAAUGAUAAUUUUAAAAGUUUAGAAGAUUUGAAAGAUCAAUUAUUAAAUAACUACCGGGAAAAUACAGACAAUGAUUGGGUGUUAGAAAUUCCUGAUCAAUUAUAUCAUCAAAGUUUGGCAAAUUUAUGCGAUAUAAUAACUGAAAAUAUUGAUGAAUCAUUUUAUCGAUUUGAUUUAAUCAAAAUUUUACAUUGGUUAAAUGGGAAAGUUGUAGCAUUACAAAAGUAUAUCCUUACAAGUAAUGAUGAACCUAACAAUAGCAUAUUGACAAAAUUGAAAUUAGAAUUGAAUCCAUCAAUGUCAAAUAAUAUCAUAGAGGAUCAAUUAUUGAAUGAUCUAAGUUUAUUAUAUUCUAUUGAUUAUAUUUUUAAUAGUUAUUUGGAUAAUGGUGUCAACAACUAUUUGAAACAAAAAUUGUUGGAACAAUUCAAAUAUGAUUUUACUCGAGUUUUGAAAUAUAUUGAUGAUUUGAAGAUUCAACAGAAUUUAAUUGAAAAUGUUUUAGAAAGUAAUUUGAAAUCUACUACAAAUAAUACUAAAAAGAAACCAUCCACUGGCACAGCUAAUAAAAAGGUCAAACGUGGAGCCAUUGAUAGUUUUUUCAAAAAAACUAAAUGA